UGGUGUACAGCCCCCUUGCCCUAGUAUCGGCUCCCAUGUCUAGUUUCUUCAUUGGGUUAAAGGCCAUCUGAUUAUAAAAUUAUUAGUUGCAUUCCAAGCUGAACAUCCCUUCAGUGCUAACAGAGCUAGUGCUUUUCUUUUAUACAUUGUCGUGACUGACCGCGGGACGGGACAACAACAAAACAGGAGAGUUUAGAAAACCACGCCUACUUCUUCCGCUGAGCCUCGCGGCAAGCGCGGCGCGUUAAGCGCACUCGCUGUUUUUUCGGAGGAAGCCCAAACCCCGCAGCGAGCGCAGCGCAUGCCGCGUUCGGUCUGAAACCCGCUUUACAGGAGAUCAUCACAUAGAUGGAAAAGUACCGAGAAGGGGGGGGAACACCUAUAAAGAGACAGAGCCGACAACUAUGGUUCGAGCUUCUUCCUGUACAUGCUGAAUCUGUGAAUCUCUUCUCAUCCACGGACUCGGUGGAGACGGCUUACUCCAACAAUUUGGGGGCUCGUCCGGGAUGACCAGGAGAUUCGCAAGAUUCGGCUAAGUGUUGACGCAGCCAACUUGGACACAGAGGACUGCGAGGCGCCGACUCGAAGAGGUAAGCAGAGUCUGUUAUAUCAAAAUCUGCAUAUUGGUUAUGUCAAAUUGAGCAGUUUGAAGUGUCCAGUGGCCCGUCGGUAAAUUAACACGAAGGAGGGGUUGCAUAUACCAGGUUCACAUGUUGUAUAUGUAGUGUGUCUAUGUGUUGUGUGUGCAUUGUGUUCAGGGAUUGUGUGCAGGCAUCGUGUGUGAGGAAGUAGAACUUUAAGGAGCGGAGGGUACGGCAACCCCACUACUUGCUGACGAGCGGUAGAAAAGCUGGGUUAGAGGCCCGGGGAAUUCAGGUCCCCCGAAUUCUAGUUUGGCAAGAGGGAAUAAGGUCCUCCUCUCUAAAACGUGUUGGAGUCCCGAGGUAUAGAGCCCUCAGAUACCGGGUUGGAGUCCCUGGGUUAAAAUCCCAAAAGUACCGGGUUGGAAUCCCGAGACUAGGAGUCUCAAAAUACCACUUUGUGUGCGAGUGUGCUGAUUUGUGUGUGAGCAAAGUUGUGGGUUCUUCCUGUCCAGGGUGCUCGCCAUUCGCUCUCUGUUGGUUGAAUUUGCCCGCGGCUCUGCUGUCGCUGCUCGCGGUCUUACAGUUUAUCAGAACACCCCCUUCCAAGUUGGCAUUGCUGGGGACCGGGGGGGGUGUCGGCAGGGAGCGGGCCGGUUUGACUGGGAUUGAGCUUGUGAGACGUGCCCUUUUCAGGGGAGACACAACCGUGAGUUACAUCUAAAUGCAGUCUUCUUGUUUAUAAAGUUGUUGUUUUAUGUAUUGGUGGUGUUUGAUAGUAGGUCAUUCCACGACAAUAAACAGGUGUACUAAGUGUGGGUGAGUAAGUCAACACCCGGAGGCAGAAGGGUGGUUAGACGAGGGAUCAAAACAGUCAGGGCAAUUUGGAAAUGGACCGCAAGUUUGAUCGGGAGCUGGAUGACGGGGGAUGGGCGCCCCCGGGAAAAUGCGGUGUGGAAGCCGCUAGUAAGGCAGGACCAGGAGGUGAUAGGGAAAGAUACAAAACUUUCACCAUAGGAGAUGUGCAGGAUCUGGCAGAUAAAAUGCCUCCCCCGGCAGAGGGGGGGGGGCAGUGGAUGAAUAAGUUAGAUCAACUUACUCAGGGUAUGACACUGGCCCUAGGGGAUUUCCGGGCGGUGGCAGCCCGGAGCAUGACUAAGCAUUCCUUACAAGACCUAGAAGCCAGAGCAGAAGUUACUACAUGCGCAGAUAGUGUGCGUCUGAAGGCAGUGAUAAUGGUCCUAGGUGACGCCAUGAGGGAGAUGUUCCCCGCCCCUAGUGGGGCAGCCGUUCCAAAGUUUACAUGGGACCCUAAGGUUCACCCUAGAGAAUAUUUGGAUAAAUGUAAAGAGGAUUGGACCCGGCGAACCGGGUGCCAUCCGGGGCAGGCAGGGGUGCAGCGGGAAUGGUUUAGAUGGGCAGUGAUCGAGGGAGUCCCAGAGGGAGUGAGGGCAGCUAUACUGGGCAACCCAGAUCUCCCAGGAGCAGACUCAGAAGUGUGGGACCGGUACAUAGCGAACCAUUUGCAGAGGGCAAAAGAGGAAGCAAAUAAGGAAGAGAGCGACCUUAGGGCACUGCAGACACAGCUGCUGAAGCUGCAGGUGGGCGAAGCGAGGCGAAAGGCUAUUGAAGCUAAAAAGAAAGGGCAAGAAAAGCAGAUGGGGGCGGGGGUUUCCCCAGAGGGACCACCUACAUACCCGCCCGGCCCUUGGAACGGGCCACCCACCUACCAACAGGGAGGGUCGGGCCAGCAAUGGGGAAGGGGAGGAGGCGGUUUGGGCUGGGGUCACAGGGGCCGGGGCUGGGGAAGGGGCGUGCUGCAAAGGGGACCGCAGUCAGGUGCCUGUUUUAGGUGUGGGGCGGAAGGACACUGGGCCAGGCAUUGCCCAGCACCGGUCUCGGUCAAGGGGCGCGACAAGAGAGGCCCUCCUAGGAACCAGGUGAUGGCCCCAACCCACACGGAAGGACCGUAUCCGGCGAUGGGCGAAGGGGAGUGGGACUGGGACCCCUCCUCCGCUCAGUGACGGUUCCCGCGAGCGGCCCGGGACGCAGGGGAGGCAGACCCUAUGCUGUCUCUCAUGGUCAUGGACAAAAAACUGCCAUUUCUGGUAGACACGGGAGCCACGUAUUCCACUCUUAACGUGAUCCCUGAACAACACCAUCUGUCUACCUCAACAGUGACCGUUGUGGGCUUCUCGGGGGAGGAACAGAGACUCCUUCGUGGUGUCUUCUUCCAUUCCAGUGAAUCUCUUGGGACGGGAUAUGCUGGUGACGCUGGGGGCCUCCAUCCUGUGUUGUGCAGACGGACUGGUGGUUACCUUGCCGGAAGGCACUCGCCUGCGGUGCGACACCCGGACUACGGGCUCGGGGCAGUGGCUGGUGCAGCCGGUCCACAGUCAGGCCCUGGCAGAUAUCUAUUGGGGCCUACUGGAACCCAGCCUGACUGGCAUCCUGUCGGCCUACUCAGCGUGGCGGCCCUGGAUCUCGCUCCUGGAGCCCUAUGUGCCCCCACCUGACCCUCCUCAUGUGACCCUUUCCUACGAUAGGGAUAGUACUGAUUGGUAUGAGGAACUGUUUGCUGAGCAACUAGAAGGCCAACAGUGGCAAGUUGCCUCUGAGAACUUAUAUGUGGGUCCCGAAGGGGUAGCCUCAGCCACGCUGCUGACCUCAGAACAGCUGCCCUGGUUCAUGAUGGGACAGGAAGCUGUCCCACACAUUUCUCUGGCCCUCCAUCCCAAACACCAGGCCAAGGAUUUGGGCCCGAUGGUGGAACAGGCCAGAGAAACUGAGGACUGGGUACAGACCCAGAUCCCACAGGUCUCCUUCUCGCCCUCCUGCAGUACAUAUUGCAUACAGGUCGCAGCACAGGACACGGCCCUCCUGCAACAUGAGCAGAUAGCCAGAGACCAUGGGCGUGAAAAGAUGGACCACCCAAGGGCGGCGGCCCUUCUGGCGUCUCUGCCAGACUCCAUGUGGUCUACCAGCCCCACAGAUGUAGGUCUAAUCCGUCUGUUAGAAAAAGGUUUUACGGUCAGUAAGGACAAAUUGCAGAUUGCUAGGACAGCAGUGACCCUCCGAGGACGAGUGCGGUUAGGGGCAGGAACAGGCCUCUCCCCAGCUCAUCGGUCGGCUAUCUUGCAUUACCCAAAGCCCAUCACGGUAAAAGACAUGUUAUCUUUCCUAGGGCUCACAGGUUACAGUCGCACCUACACUCCAGAUUACACGGGGCUCACACAGCCCCUGAGGGCUCUUGUCCGAGAACACGGCCUACGUAACCUCAGUGCGCCCCUUAACUGGGACCAAGCAUCUGAGGAGGCGUUUAUCACCUUAAAGCAGAGGCUAGCACAGGCCGCGGACCUAGCCCUCCCAGAUUACUCUCUCCCGUUUCAUUUGGAUGUUUCUGAAACAGGAGACGUUGUUAACGCCAUCCUGUUUCAGAAAAAAGGGGAGAAAGGAGAGUGCUGAUGUACGUCAGCAUAAAACUCGACACUGCAGAAAAAAGACACCCCUCAUGCACAAGGCACGCGGUGGGAGUGGCCAAAAUUAUUCAGAAAACAGCACACAUAGUGAUGGGACACCCGCUGCACAUCCUGACCUCGCACAGUGUGGUGGCUUAUGUGAAUUCACAGACGUUUACCAUGAUGUCACUCAGGCAGCAGAGACUUAGUAAAAUACUAGAGGCACCUAACCAUGAAUUUUUCUCACGAAGGGAUCAACAUGGCAGACCACAUGAGCGGGGGAGAACCACACAAGUGUGAGUACCGAGUUCAGAAGGAGGAGAAAGUCCGACCAGACUUAGGGGCAGGAAAAAUAGUGGAGACAGAGGAUUGGUUCACAGAUGGGUGUUGUUUUAGAACAGACACAGGAGGUUUGCAGGCAGGAUAUGCAGUGGGGGCCGGAUAAGGCCAGGACUAUGUGACCUUGAAGGUAGAAAGACUGGAAGGAGCCCAGUCAGCCCAGAGAGCCGAGGUGAUAGCAGUUAUCGAGGCCCUGAAAUUAGCAGAAGGGAAAGAAGUUACCAUAUACUCAGAUUCAGCAUAUGCUGUAGGCGCAGUGCAUGUGGAACUCAGCCAAUGGCUGAGGGCAGGAUUCUUGACCGCGGGAAACAAGCCAAUAAAACAUGAAGCAGAAGUGAAAUGCUGGCAGAAGCCUUGAUGCUUCCCAAAAAAGUGGCAGUGGUAAAGUGCAGGGGACAUGAAGGGUCAGGAGCAAUGGUAGCGAAGGGAAGGCCGCAGAUGAGGAAGCGAAGAGGGUCGCAGGGUACGUGGUGUCCAAAUACAUGGUCACGGUAGAGGAGGAAGUUCACCCGAAUUACCGACUGACCCUAGAGAAAGUUAAGCACGGUGCUACAGUAUGUGGGUGAUCUGCUCUGUGUGAUAUACACAGGCACUGAAGCCGCCGUUGCUGAAGGUCUUAGCGAAAGGGGGGCUUAAGGUGCCCAAAGCUGAGUUGCAAAACUGAUAAGAACAGGCUGCAUGCUUGGGGGGUGAGUUCAGCCACGGGAGGGGCCCUUAUGAGGCCUCUGUGUGGAAACAAAGGGGAAUGCUAAGGACUCUGAUGGUCUGUUUCACAACCGGGAUGGAUUUUUGGUUGUGUCUUUAUCGUGUGGUUGACACCUUAAUAAUGCAUGCGUAUGGUCUUGACCAUUGCAGAAGGGGGGAGUGCAAUGAGAAAAAAAACAAGGUUUAUGAGUUGAAGUUGUACAUGGGGUGUCUAACUCAAAUAUGCAAAGUUAUUCUAAAGCAGGAAGACAGGAAAGGAAGAUAUAGACACAGGACAAACCACUCAUCUCCCCAGGAGAUGUACACCUCAAAGUGAUAAAUUGCAGGGGUUACAGGAUGAGAUGGCAAGAGAUGCAGGUCAACACCCAGGAAUGUUUGACUGGUGGUAUAAAAUGUGGGGCAGUUGCUCUGUUACUAAUUUUUUUUUGUGUAGUUCCUCUUGUUCGCCCCCUAGUGGGGAGAGCACUGUCCCGGCAGGCGACUGUAGCUGCAAUAUCUAGGGUGGUGGGAGGACCGUUUGGAGCGGCAUCCUCCAGGACCAACACGGGAAUGGAUGGCGACACAGACACCUUGGAUGCGGUCCUGCCCAGAGCUGAAGCUCGGCCGUACUGCCCGUGAAUACUCCAAGCGGGAGACCUGCAGCAUGCCUACCUCCCACGACAUCUGGGAUUCUUCUGCUCACGACGGAGUCUCUGUUAUAUUAGCCUGCAAUGUCAUUAGUUAAUCUUUUAGUUAUUGUUGUAGUACAUAUAUCUGUUUUCAUAUUGAGUUUGUAGUAGAUUUUGUAGUCCUGCUGUACCCCCUGAGCUGCUGUUGGUUGAUUCUCUGUGUUAGUAGUUUGUGAGCCAUGCCUGCCAUGGACCCCGAAGGGGGGCCGCGCCUGUGGCGGGCUGGGAGAGGGAUUUCCCUGAAGCUCAGGGUUUUUGCCCUCCUUCCUAGGCGGGAUGGACAGGAUUGUGUGUGGAACUCUUUGGAGUCCUAAAGGGGGGAGUGUGCGCUAUGUUUGGGGAAGUAUGCUGUACUUACAUUCCUAAUAACACAGCACCAGAUGGCUCAGUGACCAGGGCACUCGAGGGUCUCCAGACCCU